AUGGAUGAAGUUUCGAUAAAUUGGAUAAAUGAAAGAAUCAAUGAUAAAAAACAUUUUACUGCGAGAUGGCUAGAAAAUUUCUCAAAUUCAACUGGAAAAUCGCCAGAUCUUUUGGCAAAAGUCAUCGGCGGAGUUUUAUUUCUACUUUUGGCGUUGGCAGAUAAACAGGUUUGUUGAGGAAUAAAUUAUUUAAACAUAAUCAGAAUUCUGAUUAAAAAUCUAGCGCAACUUUCUUGAAAAUGCGUUCCGGAAAAGCUGAAACAGCUCAUUUUAUUCAUCUCGGCAAGACGGAUCAGGUAGUAUAUUCGAAAUUUUCUGAAACGAUAUCUAACACGCUGAAAAACAUUUUUUAAACGAUAUAACACAAGCGCGCGCUGAAAAAAUUUCUGAACUACAAACACCGCGACGCACAAAUGCACACAAAUUGAAAUACCGUAAUACAAACUGAAAAAAAAAUAUUUGGUUUGCAGGGCUACUUGAUUACCAAUUCAAUCUUGGUCGUCAUCCCAUUCCUUUUGAUUUUCGUCUAUCCAAAUGAAAAGCCAACCGAUUUAUCACUUUACAUUUAUUUCACCGUAUUCGGAUUUCUCACAGUUUUCGAUCGAAAUUUCGAGCAUAUUCCACUUUAUUAUGUCAUCAAAUUGAUUAUUCUUCUUCUAUUUUAUCUUCCACCAUUCAAUUUGGCUGAAAUUGUUGAUGAACAAAUCAAGAAACUUGUGAAUAAUAAUGAAGAAGAAAAUAAAGAAAAGAAAAAGGAAACUACAAAAAGCAGAAGAUCUUUGAGAAAAGAAGCACCAGCUCCAGCUUCUCAAUCUGAGCCACAACAACUUGUUACUCCAGCCCCACCUUCUUCAUCUGAGCCAAAAAGCGGAACUAAUUUCAAACCUGGAGAAAAUCCAAUGGCAUCGGAAAGUUUUUAUAAUUUGAAUUCUGAACCAGAUGGUUUCAAUUCGAAAUGUGAGUUUCUUUAAAAUCUGAAAAUUCAGCAGCUUGCCACGUCAUAACUCAUUCUAAAUUUCAGUGGUUGGACCUGAAAACAAUCUUCAUGAUCUCGUUUUCUUCCCAAUAAAUGCACUCGUUUUCAAUGCUCCAUUCGAUUUCGAAAAUCUAACGUAUCAUAUAAAAAUUCGAAAUAAUUCUCAUCAUCGAAUUGCAUAUGCAAUUAAAGGAAAUGCAGUUCCACGUGUUUUGUGUUCACCGCCAACUGGAAUAUUUGAAUUGAAAGAAACUAAAAUUAUUGCAGUAACUGUUCAGAAAUUUGAAUGGAAUUGUGCUGAUUUUGAAAAUGAUCGAAUUGCAAUUGAUUAUGUGAUUUUGCCGGAUAAUGUGAAAGAUAAACAAUUUUCGAUAAAAAUGUUUCAGAAUUGCGAUUCGAAGAGAAGAAAGAAUAUCAAGAUCUUGUAUAAUCCAUGA